AUGUUUCUCAAGGUCUUAUUUAUAUUUCUGAUAAUUCUUGAAGCCACUGGAGAAGACACCACGAAAAUGCUGAAAAUCUUUGGAAAGGUGUCUAAUGUCUCUCUGAACGCCACUAUGGUAGACACCAAUUGUAUGGCUACAUGUUUCACUCAAGAUGAUUGCUUCCUGGCGUAUUUCAACUUACAAGAUCACUGUCAACUAUUUAGUUUCAAUGCCACAGAGUCUAUAGAAGUGGUAGAGACCACCAAGGCAGAGGGGCUCUUUGUGGCGUUUAAGACCACCCUCCCUAAUGACACCUGUCCUGCUUACGACUCAAUGAUCCCUGUCGUGAAUAUCGGUGAGGAUUCCGUCUCCUGGAAACGGUCGGAGAAAACGUUCUCAUUCCAAAAAUGUCGCGGCGACUGGAAAAUGUUUAAUCGGACCGGUCUUACUGUAUGCAUGCAGGUUUUUCUCCUGAACCCUGGAAUUUCACGUGUGGAAGCCAUGGAAUAUUGUGAGAGUAUUAACACCACAUUAACAGGUGUUGCAAUGAUAGAGGAGUCGGAAUGGUUGCAAGAUAGAUUCAAGAAGCUGGACCCUGGAGCUCCAGGUUGGUCAGGUGUUUGGAUGGAUGGAAUCAGAAAUUGCACUGGUUUCAAAGUGGCAAAUUGUCGGAACUUCGACUGGUCCGAUGGGUACACUGAAGGACAGGAUGCCCUGGCAUCAUCAUCAAACGCAUAUCUAUCUUAUAGGACAGAUGGUGGCAUAAUUGAAAACUGCUUGCAAGUGUUCAUCAUAGAUGCGCCACAAACUAUAAACGAUGUGGAAUGCGACCAUGCGGGGAGGUUGGACCGCGGAGCAGUGUGUGGAUAUCGAUUGAAUUGA